UCAGGACGGGGCGCGAGGGCCGCUCUAGGAGGCGUGGCUCUUGGAAGAGAGCUCCUGCGAGCGGCGGAGCCAUGGGCGAGGUGGGCUCCGGCGAGCGAUGCGGGGCGCUUCUCACUUGGAUGCAAACUUUCCAUGUUCCAUCACCAUGUAUCAAGAUGGAAGAUUUGACCAGUGGAGUCACAAUUGUCCAGGUGCUACACAAGAUAGAUCCAUCUUGGUUCAAUGAAACAUGGCUCCUUCGGAUUAAAGAUGACACUGGUGACAAUUGGAGACUGAAGGUGAGCAACCUGAAGAAGAUCUUGCAAAGUGUGGUUGAAUACUCCCAGGAUGUGCUGGGCCACCAAGUCCCAGAGCAGCUGUUGCCUGAUGUAGCCUUAGUUGGAGAGCUGUCUGAUCUGGCUGAGCUUGGGAAAUUACUACAGCUGGUACUAGGCUGUGCCAUCAGCUGUGAGAAGAAGCAAGAUUACAUCCAGCAAAUCAUGACCUUGGAAGAAUCUGUUCAGCAUGUCGUUAUGACAGCUAUUCAAGAGCUGUUGACCAAAGAUUCAUCAGACACAUUAAGUUCAGAGACAUACGGGAAUUUCGACAGUCAGUCCCGAAAGUAUUACUUCCUCAGUGAUGACCUAGAGGAGACAGAUGACAUGCGGCAACAUUGUCAUGACUUGGAGCAUCAGAUCUCCAUUUUAAUGGAGGAAAAAAACUUACUGGUGCUGGAGAAUAAGACCCUGCGGGAGCAAAAGUGUUCUCUGGAGUCAGAUACUGCUGGACUCACUGGCAAGAAGUUGCUUUUGCUUCAGUCACAGAUAGAACAGCUGCAAGAAGAGAACUUCCGGCUGGAAAAUGGUAGAGAUGAUGUUCGAGUUCGCUGCGAAGAUCUGGAGAAGGAGGUGCAGGAGCUGCAACACCGUAACGAGGAGCUGACUAGCCUGGCAGAGGAAGCCCAAUCCCUCAAAGAUGAAAUGGAUGUACUUCGCCAUUCAUCAGACAGGGUGGGACGGCUGGAGGCCAUGGUAGAUUCUUACAAAAAGAAACUGGAAGACCUGGGGGACUUGCGUCGGCAGGUUCGCCUGCUAGAAGAGCGAAACACAGUUUAUAUGCAGCGCACCUGUGAGCUGGAGGAAGAGCUGCGGCGGGCCAAUGCUGUACGUGCACAACUAGAAGCCCAUAAAAGACAGGUGCAAGAGCUCCACAGCAAACAUGGAGAGGAAGCCUUGAAGGCGGAGAAGUGGCAAUUUGAGUAUAAAAAUCUGAAGGAGAAGUUUGAGGCGCUGGUAAAAGAAAAGGAGAGACUGAUUGAAGAGCGGGAAGCCCUUCGGGAGGCUAAUGAGGAACUGCGAUGUGCUCAGGUGCAGCAGAAAUUCCUAAACCAAGCAGAUGCUAUAUUGGAAGACAUUUCUUCUCCAAUGGAUAAUUUAGCAGCUGAAAUCAUGCCAGCAGAAUUAAAGGAGACCAUCGUACGGCUGCAGCAUGAGAAUAAGAUGUUAUGUGCUCAGGAGGUAUCAUACCGGCAGCAACAGGCUGAAUUGCAAGGACUUCUGGAAGAAUCAAACCGCAGUAAAAACCAGUUAGAGGCACAGCAAAGGCUGAGCCAGCAACAGAUCUCUGAGCUUAAAGCGCAAGUUGACGAGCUCCAGCGUACUCUCCAAGAACAAGGAAGCAAAGCAGAAGAUUCUUCCCUAUUGAAGAAGAAACUGGAAGAGCACCUAGAGAAGUUGCAUGAGGCUCAUGCAGAGCUUCAGAAGAAGAAGGAAUGCCUUGAUGAACUGGAACCCAAAGUAGACAGCAACACUGCCAGGAAAAUUGAUGAACUUCAGCAGACAUUGAAGAAAAAAGAUGAAGAUAUGAGAGCUAUGGAGGAACGGUAUAAACGCUACAUGGAUAAAGCCUGCACAGUCAUCAAGAAGCUAGACCCCAAGCAACAACCUCACGUAGUUCCCUUGGAGAUUCAGGCAUUGAAGAACCAGCUGCAAGAAAAAGAUAAGAAAAUAAGCCACCUAGAGUCUGAUUUUGAGAAGACAAAAUCACAGCAGGAGCAUGAAGAAAAACUCAUCAUCACUGCCUGGUAUAAUAUGGGCCUAACACUGCACCAACGAGCUACAGAAAAGCGAUCGUCCAAUUCUUCGACAGUCCAAUCGUUCUUGGCCCAGCAAAGAUUGGCCACCAAUACUCGUCGGGGUCACCUGAGCCGAACUCAGCCCUUGUUGCUUUGAUAGCAGAGGAGUUGUCUUAUGGAUUGUGAUCGGGAAAAACUUUAGUGCAUGUGUGCUUUGAGUUUAGCCAAAAGGGAGGGUUCAUUUCGAGCUCUUACUCUGUGCAGUGGUGUCUGUUUGGGAAUUCCAGCCUCCGUCCUUAUUGCUGAAAGUAAUUUUCCUGCUGCUCAAGAGUCUUCCUUCACUGAGCUUUUGCCUCUGAAACCAGAUGAAUGGGGUAUGGGGCAGCCAAAGAUUAACUUUUCUCCAGCAAACCUAAACUUAACCUGACUUUUUUUUCACUACACACUGCUGGUCACCACUCCUCUUGCAUUUUACACGACGUGUCGCAUUUGUAUAGCCUUUUAAGUGUGCCAUGUUAAAAGCUAAUUUCAUGCUUACAGGAAGGAUAUUUUAAAUUUCUGGUAGAUUGGCUCUCUCUUGCUACAAUGAGAAUACAGGCUCUUGAGAAUUGAAUGUACAGUACAAGGGUGAGGUAAUAGCUCUGAAUGUAGAUUUUUGAUUAAGGCUUGAGUCCUAGGACAAGUAGUAACAGCUUCCCCUUCCAUUGUUGCAGCACCUAAAGCUCAUCAGACAUAGCUUUGCAUAAUGGUUACCUUCCAAGAAGGGAUUAGUGCAGAAAAAACACAAGUUGAAUCUCUAUAAAUACUACCUAGGUACAGACUUAAAGAAAAGGGAAAGCUUGCUAUCCUGCCCAUGAACCAUUUGAGUGUAUUCCUAUAACUAUACUGUUUUCACAUCAAUAUUUAGAGUCUGGUGCUUUUUCUUUUAAAAUAAAAAGUUACUCUGUUUUAUUCUGUUAGUAUGCCUUGUCUAAUUUUGGAUCAUCCUUCUAUCCUGGAAGUUGUAAGAAGCUGUUUCCUUUUAAAAUCUGUUCUUUAAACUUUGUUUUUAUUUUUUAGUAAAUAUAGGUUUACUGCU